GUAUGGAGUCGACCGUUCCAAGAAUCCGAACAUCAUGUGGCCUUGGUGGCACGAGAUCAUGCGCAAGAAGGAGAAGGGCGAGAUUCCUAUGGAGAUGCCAGGCUACAUGCUGGCCAAAUUCCGCAAUGAGUGUGAGGAAAAGUGGACGGAGCAGAGGAGCGCGGAGUUUGAGGACUUCCUCAACGUCAUGGACGGAGAGGAAUGA